CAGAGCGGAAGCAUGCCUUCAUUGGUUAGUGUUGCAUAGAGGCUAUUGUUGUUAACGGAGUAUGUGGAUGUGGUGUUUGUGUGCCUUUCUCAUGGAAUAGUUUUUAUUUGUGUUCUGCUUAUGGAUAACAUUUCUGGCAUGUAAUUCCCAAUGGAAAAUUUUCAAUGUGAUAGAAUGGAUCGGCGGCGUCUUCAUUAUGAAUCAGCACAGUGCUGGACACAACCAGUGAUUCGAUUAAAAAGGCCACCAAUCAUUUCUAAGAAAAAAGACAAAUAUGGAUCUGUUCAUUCAACAAGUGCAAUUUAUGGACAACUACGAACACCUCAUUAUUAUACUCCCUCUAAUAUGUGGUAUGCGUCCAUAAGAAGUCUUAAUCCGCGAGAUCUUAUUUAUCCAUAUCCAUAUGAAGAAGUUACCAAAGAAGUCUUUGCUUCUCCUGUUGCUGCUGCUGCUGGAAAUUGUGUUUGUCUCCGACGUCCUCCUGAAAGUGUAAAGCAACGGCCAAAAUGUGUGAAAAGCUGCUAUGGUGCAAAUAAAAAAUUAUCCGACAAAACAGUUGAGGAUAAGAUUCCCUCCAGUCGAAUGACUGGUUAUAAAAAAUGUGUCUCCGGAUAUUUAAAAUAUGGCCACAAGGGUACUACCAAAGAUGUUUCUAGAAAAUCAAUUCUUGAAUGUGAUGUUACUGCUUAUGAUCUGAUAAAAAAAAUCGUUAAAACUCCAUGCGCGUCAGAAAUUGAAGAUAGCGAUUUGGACGAUAAUGUAUGUGAUAGCGUAAUAGCAAAUGACAAAUAUCCUUCAAACUCUCUAACAAAUCAUAAUCGACAAAAUGAAAACAGUAUUUACAAAGAAACUAGUAGUGUAUUGGUGUGUGGACAAAGAAUUUUUACUCAUAGUCAAAAUCACCGUUCUAAAUCCCCAACUCUAAUUCCAUUCCAAAAUUCUUCUUGUAGUAAAAACUGGUCCUCCAAUGACAGUAUUUGUAUACCAGAUCCAGAUUAUGAUGAUAAUGAUGAAACAACUGUGAUGAAAUAUAAAAGUUAUUCACCUUUUCGGAAUUCUUUAGAUAGAUCUUACAAUAAAGAGUUGUCAAAAUCUAUGUCUUCCCUUCUUUCUGAAGAUGUAUCUAAUAUCGAAAAAAAUAUUAAUUAUUCAGCAGCUUUACAAGAAAGAAAUUCUUCUGAAAUUCUGUGUAGUGCUAAGUUGUAUGAAUCAUCAAGUGAUAGUGGUACAUUAUCAUCGGAAUAUCCAACUUGGACGUCAAAUGAGUUAAAAUCAAUUCUUAAGAAAAAAAGACGGCAUAUGAUACAAAUGCAAGAAGAUCGCCUUUCAGAGAGUCAGAAAAAAAAACAAGUGCAGUUUUUAGGAACAAAAUUUCCCGAUCAGAUGACUGAGUCUGUGAUAAAUUGUGAUACUUACGAGACUAUAGCAGACAUUUUUAAAGAAAAGAUUCCCUGCCAUGGAAACCUUGCAAAAAAUGAGACAGACGAACAAAUCCAUGCAUUGAUACGGUCUUCAUCUUUUGAAAAUAUCAAGGAUCAAAAUCCUUUUUUGUUUUGUGGAAGAAAUAGUCGGUCAUUACCUGACUCACCCACCCAACUAAACUUUUCUUUUGAUUUUCCCUCGGAAGAAAAGGUUCCUUCUUCGUGUAAAUCUACAUUUUAUGUUCCUAUAGAAGACCUUGCAAAAAAUGAAUCUUGUGAGAGUCUUACUAUGAUGCUGCCAUCUACCGAUCUGAAUGAAAAAGAAUCCAAAGAAAAUCGUGACACUGAUGAUGGUAAUUUAGAAAACAAUUACGAAAAUUUAGAUCCAAUUUAUGAAGAACUGAAUGAUAUUUCCAGUACAAAACAUUUAGGUCUAACAUCAUUAGAAUCAAAUCAAAAGUCAUUCUUUGAAGGAGCAUCAAAAAUCGAUAUUUUAAGCUACUUGGAGGAUGCUAAAGAGCGUGGAAUAUCCGAAGGUCUCUCUGAAGAUGUUAUCAUUGAAGAUGAAGAAGAAGACAAAGUUAUGAGCGGUGAAGAAGAUGAAAAGGAAUUCUACCGACCUAUGGAAAUAGCUGGACUUUUGGCAAAAGAACAAUUGAAUAGUAUUUUUUUAAAUCUUGAUGAAUUGAUUGCAGCUAAUUCAAAAUUUUCUGAAAAACUUCAAGAUACUUUGGAUAUAGCAGUGGAGCAAGGUGAUGAGGAUUAUACUACUGUGAAUUUAGGGAAAUUGUUUUUGGAAUGUUCUUCAAUGAUGGAUGCAUUUGAAACCUAUUGUGUGAAACAGGCUUCAGCAUCAGUUCUACUAAGUGCCUUGGAAAAGGAUAAAGAAUUGUUGCGGAUUUUUUUACGAGUUUCCCAAAUGGAAAAUACAUUGCUGAGAAGAAUGAAUUUACCAGCUUUUCUCAUGGUUCCAGUUCAACGAGUAACUCGAUACCCCUUGCUGUUGAGUCGUUUACACAAAGUGACACCAAUUCAUCACAAAGAUCGUGUAGCACUGAGAGAAGCACAACAAAAAGUAGAAUUGCAUUUGGAACACAUCAAUCAACAAACUAAGGGAGUUGGCGGAACAAAAAUUUGGCGUCGAAUUUCUAACAUUUCUGCAUCUCAUCGACGUCUAGGGAAGGAUAUAGGUAGCAUAAAACUACGGAAGAUGGCAUUAGAAGUAUUGAAUUGGAAGCAAGAUGAAACACGAUUUGUCAUGGCGGGAAAUUUAUUCUUCACUGAUAAUCCAUGGAAUAAGAAAGGAAAAUUUACAUAUGUACAUGCACUGCUUAUUGCUCUUGGUAAACCCAACUCCAAUUAUAGGCCAGAGCUUGAGAAUUUUGUUUUAUUUCCUAGAAACACUGGAAUUAGAGAUGCAAGUUUAGUUCUAAUGAAGGAAAAAAAUGGUCGUUUUCUAAUUACUCGGGUAAAUAUCUUAAAUGAAAAUAUGUUUGCUUGUGAGAGUUGCAAAAGUAUGCUUUUAAAGCAAAUUUAUAAAACUGAUAGUAACUUUAUUUUUUAGGGUGAAACAAAGAAAGAUACUAAAGAAUGGCUACGAAUGUUAAGAUAUCAUGCAAAAGAUUUAGGUUCGUGGAGAAAACGAAGAAAUGCUUUAGCUAAUAUCAUGAUUAAUGGUAUGAUUCGUCAGUGAAGUUCCUGAUUUCAUUUUCUGUGAUGUUCACGAUUUUAGAGAUGAUCUUGGAUCUAGUCUUUUAUAAAAAGAGCGCUUCAAUGUAUUUUAUAUUUACAUGAUUAUUCUAUAUUAAAUGUUUUGUAUAUGAUGAAACAUUAAAAGAAUUAAAGCCCACUUAUUUUAUGACCGAUAGAAUUUCUUACAAAAAAAAAAGAAUAAAAGAAGAUUGGAAAAGAUUGUGUUAUAUAUCCUAAUCAUACCAUCAAAAUAACAGUAAGAUUAUCAUUUUUAGAAGCCAAUUUCCGAAAUAACACUUUUUUUCCUUUGGAAGCUUGGUUUAAAUUAAGCGCAAGCAAAUUCAAAAAAUGUAUGCUGCCUUGAA